AACACUACAGUUGUCUGCAGGAAGCUGUAGGUGGGGCUGGGCUGGAGCCCCAGAAGGUCUUUACAAACACUACAGUUGUCUGCAGGAAGCUGUAGGGGGAGCUGGACUGGAGCCCCAGAAGGGGGCAGGUACAGAGGGAAGGGUGGGGACAAGGCAUGUAGGAACAGGUUGGGGCCGCCUAAAAUCAGCCAACUGGAAGACUCAAGAUUUGAAGACUCAGGGAGCAGCACUAUGGGAACAUGGGCCACCCUGUAUGGAAUCACACUGAUCUGUGUGCUGGGCCUGGCCAAAGGGAUGAGCUGUGGCACUGGCCGCUUCCAGCGUGGGACUGGCACCAAUGUACGUUGCUGCAGAUUAUGUGCUCCAGGUAAGGAGGCCUGUCCUGAAGAGGGCUGUGUGUGUAUCCGGCCGGAGUACCACUGUGAAGACCCUCAGUGCAAGACUUGCAAGCACUUCCCCUGCGCACCAGGACAGGAGGUGCAGGCUCAUGGGACUAUUACGUUUGGCUUCAAGUGUGUCGACUGUGCUGUGGGUACCUUCUCUGCAAGCCGUGAAGGCUACUGCAGACCUUGGGCCAACUGUGCCCAGUUUGGAUUUCUUACCGCGUUCCCUGGGAACAAGACCCACAAUGCUGUGUGCAUACCAGAGCCAAUGCCCACUGAGUCGCAUGGCCAGCUGACCAUCAUUCUCCUUGUCAUGGCUGCCUUCAUUCUCCUUCUAGCCAUAGUCCAGUUGGGCCUGCACAUCUGGCAACUGAGGAGGCAGCACAUGUGUCCCCGAGAGACCCAGCCACUCCUGGAGAUGCAGGUGCUACCAGUUGAGGAUGCUUGCAGCUUCCAGUUCCCUGAGGAAGAGCGUGGGGAGCAGAUAGAGGAAAAGAGUCGGCUGGGGGACAGGUGGGCAUGAGCCUGUCUUUCUACACCCCAAGCCAGACCUUCCAGGACUUUCCCAGGCUGACCCUUUGGAGGCAGCAGGGUCUCUGCUCUGUGCCCUGCCCUGGGCCUGGCCCUGCUCCCCUCAACAGUGGAAGUGGGUGUAGGAUGGAGAUGAUGAUGAAUUUCCAGACCUUGCAGAAGGGUGACAAUUAUGGCUGGGCCCUAUAGUCAGGUGUUCAUGACUGGCUUCUUCUUUUACUAGCCUUGCUAGAAUGGGGUCUUUGGGCCCUUUGUGAGCACUUAGUGUUCAGCACAAGACCUCAAGCAGAUGGUUUUCAAUAAACACUUGUCCAGUGAUCUGAUUAGAUGUGUUCUGGGGACAAAGGAAAGCAAGGAGCCAAUGGCUGCGCUUA